AUGGGAGCUAAAGCGUCGAAACUGUCGAAGGAUGAUCUCACAAGUUUGAGGCAAUCGACCUACUUUGACCGUCGAGAAAUUCAGCAGUGGCAUAAGGGCUUUCUCAGGGAUUGCCCGAGUGGACAGCUUACGAGAGAGGAUUUCGUCAAGAUAUAUAAGCAGUUCUUCCCGUUUGGAGCGCCAGAGGAGUUUGCCAACCACGUAUUCAGCGUCUUUGACAAGGAUAACAACGGUUUUGUUGACUUCAAAGAGUUCAUCACCGUUUUGAGCACGGCGUCGAGAGGAACUCUAGAGGAGAAACUAGUGUGGACGUUUCAACUGUACGAUUUGAACCAUGACGGGUACAUAACCUUCGAUGAGAUGCUGACGAUAGUUACGAGCAUAUUCAAGAUGAUGGGAUCGAUGGUGAAGCUAAGCGACGAUGAAGCUACACCUGAGUUGAGGGUGAAGAAGAUAUUCAGCACAAUGGACAAGAAUGAAGACGGCUAUAUUACCCUGGAGGACUUCAGGGAGGGCUCGAGGGUAGAUCCCUCGAUAAUCAAUUCGCUGAAUCUAUACGAUGGACUAAUCUGA